AUGGACCCGCCGAGCUCGGGGGCGGCGGUCGGACUGACGUCGAACCCGACGCAAGGAACGUGCCAUAAGUGCGCGGCACCGCUUGGCAGGGGUAACCGCGCGACCGCUAGAUGUCCGAGGUGCGGCCUGACGUACCACACCACCGACUGCGGCCAGCGCUACGCAAACACGGGGCUCGACAAGAAAGUGAGCCUGGAAGAUUGCCCGAAGUGCACCAAGCUGUGCCUCUGCGCGAACGGUCCCGUGUUGUGCCACGCCGGCAGGCUCAAGUUCAGAAGGAAGGCUGGGAACGUCGACGUCGGCAGGGGCGUGGGUACGGCUGCGGGUACCGCCGCCGCCGCCGCGAAAGGGCCCAGCGGGUCGGGUCUGGGCUCCCCCGUCCUCGGCACGGGUGACGCGGGCAUGAACACGGCGGGACUCAGGGCCCUCGGAGGGAUCGGGGGACUCGGCGUGCUCGCCAACCUCGGAGGGAACGGAGGAAUGAACACCGCGGGCUUGGGGCUCAAUCCAUCCAUGUACAGGCUCGGUCAGCAGCAGCAGCAGCAGCAGCAACAACAGCAGCAGCAGCAACAACAACAACAGUUGGACAACUCGGUGAUGACGAUCCUGCUGUCGCUCAACGCUCAGCUCCAGGCGGAGAACGCCAGCCUCAGGCAGACACUCGAGGAACUGACCUUGAAAGUCGGGACGCAGAUCGUGGUGUGCAAACAGUGUCACACCCCCGCGCGCCUCGCCGACCUCUUGAGCGCCACGAUGGGCGGUGGACAACAAACCGCGCAGAUGGACGCGUUGCGACGAGCCAGUCUGCAGCAAGCGCAGCUCGCGGCGGCGAUGUCCGGCGGGAGUUUCGCGGGAGUGGGCGGUUCGUCCGGAGCCGGUUUGAGCGCUCAAAGUUGGCUGGGCGCGGGGCUGCUGGGCGCGGGCAAUGGACUGCCGGGCGUCGCGGGGCUCGCGGGGGGCGUGAGGGCAGGCGACGGCGGCGUGAUGGGCGGGAGGUUCGGUGCCGGUCACGCGAUCAACGAUCCGAAGGCUUCGCUCGGCGGGCUCUCCAGGCUGGAGGCUCUUUCCAAAAUUCAGGCGCAGGCCAACUCCGCGCAGAACAGAGCAAGACCCGGCGACGUCAACGGUUUGAAACGGCCGGCUGAGGGUGAAGCGGGGCCCGCAGGAGAAGAGACUGUCGGUACGCAAGAAUUACCAGAGAUGAAGAAGUUGAGGGAAUCCGGGCCGGAUGAACAGCCCGCGGAGGACUCGAUCUUACCGUUGGGGCGGGACGUGUAG